AUGGCUGUUCAUGCGCAGCUUGCACCACCCCCUACGCAGACAGCCAUCAUCACGCAGCCAGACCUCCAGCUCGGUAUUGCAAACGAUGUGCCUGUGCCCCACAUCACAGCCGACAAUAUGAUUCUCGUUCGUACUCGGUCUGUAGCUCUUAACCCCAGCGAUUUCAAGAUGUAUGCAGCAUUUCCAUCCCCAGGAGCUGUCGACGGCACAGACUUUGCAGGGGAUGUCGUAGCUGUCGGCACAGCUGUGACGCAGUGGAAGGUCGGCGACCGUGUGUUUGGCGCCGUUCAGGGCGGAAACCCGUCGAACCACCAGUCGGGAGCUUUCCAAGAGUAUGUGCCGACAUUUGAGCUCGAAGUCGUCCGGAUUCCAGACUCCAUGUCCUACGAAACAGCGGCAAGUAUCGGAGGUGCAUGCAUCACUACGGCGGCGGUGGUCAUUUACGGCUCGCUGGGGCUGAGACCGCUGCCCUUAAGCAAGGCCCCCGAGGACCCUGCAACAGUGCUCGUCUAUGGCGGAAGCACCGCCAGCGGUGCUAUGAUCAUCCAAUUGCUCAAAUUAUCCGGACAUGUUCCUAUUGCAACCUGUUCGCCUCACAAUUCUGAGCUAGUCAAAUCGCGUGGCGCAGAGACCGUUUUCGAUUACCAUUCUCCAACUUGCGCUGCGGACAUUAAGUCCCACACGAAGAACAGGCUCAAAUACGCCAUUGACUGUAUUACGUCCCCUUCCAGCGUCAAGAUCUGCCACGAAGCACUUGGCCGCAUGGGGGGCAAGUAUACGGCCAUUGAACGGAUUCCUGAUCUUCCAGGCCUGCGAAGUGUCGUCAAACGGGAGUGGGUCAUGGGGAUGACAAUGGUCGGCAGACCUAUUGAUCUUGGAAAAGGCUACACAUUUCCCGUCGUUCCUGAACAUGUCAAACUGGGUUUCGAGUGGAGGCCCGUCUGCCAGCGAUUGAUCGACGAAGGGCGUCUUUUGCCCCACCCCAUUAGAAUGCUGAGCGGGGGGUGGAAUUCAAUCCUAGAGGGUCUGGAUGAUUUAAAGAUGCAAAAGGUCUCUGGCGAGAAGUUGGUAUUUACUGUUUAUUAG